AUGAGAUUAUACGAAAUGCCAUUUUUGUUAGACAAAGUGCAGUGGUUUCGGGCUCAAAAACAAGCUCGACGAGAGAAGAAAAAGAAAAGUAGAAAACCAAAAUUUGUACCGUUAGCAAGCAGUUUACGUUGUUACCCAGUUCGUUUCGGACCCGAUACAGAAGUGAUUGAAUUUAUCCAUGAUAUGAUGGAUGAUGCUAAUUUGAAGUCAGUGUCCAUAAUCAUGUGUCUGGGCAGUAUCAAGGCGUGUGUAUUAAGGAUACCAAACACAAUGGAAUAUAGACAAUUAAAUUCUACCUGUGAAAUUGUUUCAAUAACCGGUACAUUCGAUUGUGAGAAUGGUCAUCAUGUUCGUGGAAUUUUUAACGAUGACAAAGGCACUAUUAUUAGCGGAGACAUUGAAUCCUUAACUGUUUAUAAAACUGUUGAAAUUGUAUUAGCUGAAUGUCAAGAUGUCAUAUUCUCAAGAGAACAUGACUCACGCACCGGUUCCGAUGAACUUGUGAUUAAACGGAAACUGUUUAAAGAAAUGGAUUAA